CAGCAGAAGUAAAUAAAUGAGGAGGCACUAGAUAAAACCAGACAACACUGGUUCCAAAAUGUAGUCGACUCUUUGCCAUAAACGUUUUCAACUUGACAGACAGAAAUGCAAAAACAAACGCGAAGACACAAAAUAACCAUAAGUAAAGAUAUUUUGAAAAGUUAAAGUCAUGAAUGGUCGAUCAAAGUUGAAGGCAACCGAAUGUUAAAUACUAGUGAUUGGUGAGAUUUCUUGCUAAAAUCCAGAGUUUUUUCCUGCCUCUUUGGUGUGUGACUGCACACAACAGUAAUCAUGAUUGGUGAGUGCAAGCAAUGAGUCGGUGUUACUUCAAUUGACAGAUAUCUGUGCAGUUUACUGUUUUUUUUUGCCCAUUUUAAACAAAAAAUAUCUAUUCCACUUGAUAAAUAAAACCUCUAUUAAACCUUAUUGGAUAUGCAAAAAAAAAUGUACCUAUGCAGAAAAACUUCAAUUGUUUGGGACUGGUAUACAUUACAGGCAGAAUGAACAUCUUGAUUUCAAAACUCAACAUGCUCUAACUUUGUUUUCGUGCUUUUUGUUCAUGCCCAUGUUUGAUAGAACCUCUCUGCAUUUAUCUUUGAGUGUUGAUAGGUGAGUACUGGCGAUGUGUAACUGUUGGUAGUAGAUAGUACUGUGAGUGGGACACUGCUCCAGACAACAGAGUGACCACCGAUUGAGAGGUUCGCUGCAUUAGAGUCAAAGCCCCAGAUUGAGGUGUCUGUUUCUUUCUCAAGGAAUGAAUGACUGAAAAUGACAAUAGGGUAACGGCAAACAAUGAAUAAGCUAGUUGAGUCAGGUUUACACCCUAUUACUCCAAUGUGAUGUUGUGCAAUGUGCACAGUGUUUUUGGAAACAACUGAAUUAGUGAAACAACAAAACAAUUACAAAUGCCACUAUGCAGUAUACAUUUUCAAUUAUCUUAAUGAACUUGACAAGUGACUUUGCAGCACACAUCUAUUUUAUUGUUUAAAAAGUACAACUGUAGAGAACAUAAAGUCUAAACAUUAGGUCAAAACCCAUUAGUAUACAUCAUUUUUUAAAUGAAUAUAUGUUCAAGUGAAAAAUAAGAUUUAAAAAAAAUCACAAUAAAAUAAAACAUAUACACAAACUGGGCACUUACAUGCAGGGAAGAUGAUGUAUGCACAACAUUAGAAAAAGAAACAAGAAAUACGCAUAAGAACUGUUGAUAUUCUACAGAUUCUUCUCCAUGCAGAAAUUUACGAUAAUAAAGAAAAAUACUAAUAUUGCGGCUGCACAGUGGAGUAGUGGUUAGCAUUUUCGCUUUGCAGCAAGAAGAUCCCCGGUUCAAAUCCCGGCCUGGGAUCUUUCUGCAAGGAGUUUGCAUGUUGUCCCUGUGCAUGCGUGAGUUUUCUCCGGACGCUCCGGCUUCCUCCCACAGUCCAAAAAAACAUGCUGAUGUUAAUUGAUUACUCUAAAUUGCCUGUAGGUGUGAAUGUGAUUGUUUGUCUGUAUGUGUAGCCUUGCGACAGACUGGCGACUUCUCCAGGGUCUCCUCUGCCUUCGCCCGAGUCAGCUGAGAUAGGCUCCAGCAACCCUAGUGAGGAUAAAGCGGUGUUUAGAGAAUGGAUGGUUGGACUAAUAUUGCGUACUACGUCACCGGAAAUCCACCACUCAGCGCUCUGUGGGUACGUGACGUAAGGCGGAAGUGUUUGUCAUACACCUGCAGAGGAAGCAGACAAAUCUUCUGAAGUGAAGUGUGUGUGAUGGCGUUCCGUUGGCUGUAGCAUCUGUGCAGCGUCGGGAUGGAGAUCCUGGUGGCCAAGCUGCUUGGCCUGCUGGGACUGUUUGGCCUUAUGCUGGCUGGCGUGCUGGUCCCAGUGCGGCUUCUGCUGGUCGACUACGACAAGGCACACAGGUACAGGAGGGCACUGUCACUGUGCAACUCAUUUGGAGGAGGUGUGUUCCUCGCAACAUGUUUCAACGCUCUGCUGCCUGCGGUCAGAGACCAGGUGGACGACGUGUUCAAGAAGCUGCAGAUCAACAGUGAUUAUCCGCUGGCUGAGACGAUGAUGAUGCUUGGCUUCUUCCUCACCGUCUUCGUGGAGCAGGCCAUCCUCACAUUUAGGAAGGAGAAGCCGUCCUUCAUCGACUUGGAGACCUUCAAUGCUGGUGGCUCCGAGGCCGGCAGUGAUUCUGAGUAUGACACUCCCUUCAUCUCCGCAACACGGGGUUCACCAGGCGGUGGCAGCGGUCGGCGCGCCCAUGGACACCAACACGGACACUUUAGCCCGGCCGAGCUGGUGGGGGCGGGGCCUCUGCGACUGGCCAGCCUGGUCCUGGCUCUGUCAGCACACUCUGUGUUUGAGGGCUUGGCACUCGGCUUGCAGAAGGACCUUGUAAAGCUGGGAAGCCUCUUCCUGGGCGUGGCUGUGCACGAGACCCUUGCUGCCAUUGCCCUCGGCGUGAGUGUGGCGAAGGCUUCGCUUGGCAUGAAGGAUGCCGCCAAGCUGGGUGUCACAGUCAGCUUGAUGAUCCCGCUGGGCAUCGUGGUGGGGAUGGGCAUUGAAUCAACUCAGACGCUGGCAGGCAGCAUUGUGUCGGUGGUGCUGCAGGGGCUCGCUGCCGGAACCUUCCUGUUCGUCACGUUCUUUGAGAUCCUGUCCCAAGAGCUGGAUGACAAGCAGGACCGCUUGCUCAAAGUGCUGUUCCUCGUCCUCGGCUACGCAGUGCUCGCCGCGCUCGUCUUCAUCAAGUGGUGACAGAGAGGAAGUGGAGAGUGAUACCAACUAAGUUUUUACUUUCAGGUGCAAUUGUAGAAAGUUCUUGUCAAUAGUUAGUGCGUUAUCGACAGUGGAUGGCUGUCGGCAUACUGAGGAGUCCUGUGGGCAAGAUCAGCAGCAAAAUGUAUUUUAGCCACUUAAAAGAAUCCAUAUCAGUUUGUGUACACUAUUUUUAUAAUGUUUUCACCAUUUUAUUUAUUUGGCCUUAUCUUAACACGUGAACCAAUGUGUUAAAACACCAAAGUUGCAUGAUAACACAAAUAGAUGAGGCAGUUGAGGCAGUAACAGAUCACUAACUCCGGGCUGUGUGACGUAAAAUCGUUAUUUUUAUUCAUGGAGUCUGGUGGCUUUGAUGAGAUUCAAAUCACUCCUUCAUUUCCCUGUUGGAAAGUGCUGUCUGAUAGCAAUAACUCCAUGAAGAUAUUCUAAAUGCAGUGUAACCUUAAAGUAAUACAGUUUUUUUUGUUUUUUGGAUGCUACAAUACAUUUAGCUGCAGUUCAUUGCUUAUCUCCAUGCAUGCCCUCCUGUCUGCUUUAAAGAAACCAAACUAACCCUUUGAUGAAGGAUGCCUGAGUGGAGCUGAGGGAGGCAGCACCAGCUGAAUGAACUGACAGUUUCAGCAUCACAAGCUCUCAGUUGUCCUCUGAAGGAAAGCUCAGCUGUGACUGUGGAGUUUUUAAUAUUGCAGAGUAAGGUGACCCCCUGUGAAGCCCCCUGAGGAUAGAACAGUUUAAUAAUGUGUUAGUUACAGCCGUACGUUCUCCUGUCGACUGCCAGCCAGAAAUGAACGACAACUCAGCUGGAAUCAUAGAAAACACACUGGAUGUUUCCUCUUUAUAGUUUGUUAUAAGCCAUUUAUGAAACGUUUGUACGCCCUUUAGAAAUGUAGAUCAGGACUUUCUUAGCAUAUUUUUAUAAACCUUUCAGUUCAGUAAACUACAGUGAGCUCAGGUCCGGACUGUUGGACCCUCAUUAGAGAUUCGGCAGGAUGGAGCUAAAGCUACGUCCACGGAUAUAUAACAGUGUCUGCAUUCGUCCUGCUGCUUCUCACCACACAGUGAAGGGAUUUAGUCAAGUUGGCGACGCUCAGCUUCUCCACUAUUUUGUUUAGUUUCUGUAUGUAGUGGAGUGAAGUCAUAAACCGUUUCAGCUCUCAACUCGCUGUCAUUCACACUACGUCACAGGAUAUUUAUAUAAGGUGGAACUUACCAAAGUUUAAUCCUGCUUUUUCUAUGAUUUGUGGUAACAUAAUCAAAAAAAAUGUUUGAUUGUUUUGAUGGUGUGGUCAGUGAGAAAGAGAUAAAAUGUCAGAUUAAAAAUAUACAUAUUUUUUUUGCAAGGUAUAGACUUUACUUUUAAGAUAAUUUUUCUUCAUUCUAGUGAAUAUUAUUUUGUUAUCAAAGAUGUUGUAUUUGAUUAUAAUGCCAAAGAUCUGAUACUAUAUCAGUUAAUUUGUUUCUCUCUACAGAAAUUUAAACAUGAGUCAAUAACUGUUUUCUUUUCUACCUGCCAAUCAGAGGUACACGUGCAGAUCAAGAAAGGCAGAGCUAGUGAGAUUUUUAUCCUGUAACAUGUUGUCAACAUUACUAAGAAGAACUCUGGGAGCAACAAACAGCAGCUUCUUUGUUUGUUAAGCAAAUUAAAAGUAAAUGGUAAAAUAUUCAGACUAAUAAUACGACAGCAAACAUCAGCUCUUCUGUUCAGUCACCAGUCUGACACGGUGUUAACCAACAAACUCAAAAAUGAUGUGCACUCUCCACCUCUGCUGUUCUUGAAAGCAAACAUUUUAAGUAACUUAUAAAAAUCUGUAUUUUAGGAAGUGUGCGAGGAGCUUUUUGUAUUUUAUAAACACUAUUUUGUUUCCUUGAUUCUCUACAGCAAGUUAGCACAACCUAUAGAGACAAUAAAAACUAGAGCUGCAACGAUUAAUUCAGAAGUUGUCAACUAUUUCUGAUAACGGUUUAAUAGGACUGAGUAAAUUUUAAGGAGAAAAGUUAAACUUCUCCGAUUUCAAUUUCCUAAAAGUGAAUGUUUCUUUACUCCUCUGUGACGGUAGAUAAAACAAGAUAUUUGUCAGCUUGAGCUUUGGGAAGCACAGGUCAGCAUUUUUCUGGCUUUUGUAGACAAAACAACCAAUCGAUUACUUUCAGAAAUGACCAGCUGAUUAAUUGACACUGAAAAUAUUUAAUUAUAUAAAUAAUAGACUUGAUCAACUAGAGGGGAAAUGCAGUUUUAACACUAACAACUUUAAGUUGUACACACUCAAAGAAGGUACCUAGGAAACACAAGAAGCCGGAUCUUUUGCUUCCAAUGAAUUAAUGAUUCAGCUUCCCUUUAUUUCUGCACUUCGGGAAUAGAUUAAUAUGUGGGGACAGAUUCUGGUUUGAUUCAUUAAACCAAAGAAUAUUUUCCUCUCUGACACAAUCACAAAACAACAAACAUACAGCAUGACAAUCAGUCCUUAAUUUAAAUAUGGAUGUACUAGCUGUUGUAUUAAACUUUUGAAAAAAUUGGCUUAACUAAUGAGCUACUAGAAAUGUUUGAUUAGCAGACACAUGUUUGACAAAAUGUGCUUGAAACCCAAAAAACUGUAAAAACAAAAGUACAGUUUGAAUCUGUGAAUAUUCAUGAUGUCCUCCCAAAUCUUUCUCCACCGUCAUGGAGGGUCUUCCAGUUACCCGAAAGAACCUCAAUGAGACAAGGAGAGAGAAACCCAGGUGCAUCAUGUGCUGAAGUGAUUUCUCUCAUGUCUAUCCUGCUGUUCAGUUGCUCUUAGUCAGUCCUCUGCUGUUUUUUUUAGACCUGUUAACCUCCACACAAACACUGAAGCUCCCUGUGCUUGUACUGUCAAUUGUUUACUCUUGUCAUGAUGCUGAUCAGUUUUAUAUUUAUGAUGGUUUGUGUCACCUCACCUUAGUGUGGUAUUCCAGGUUUUCAGGCGUGAUUUUUCUCCUGUUAGUUUCAAUUAAACAAAUGAUUAUCAGAUUCUAUGUGUUGGUAUCACCUCAUUAAUCUAAAGUCCAGCUUUGCUUGUGGGGAACAUCAGAGGACUACGACGAAUCAGGAAUAAUGGGUUUGAAGGUUUAAGUCUGAGCUAUCAGUAUCAUAAAGGUGGUUCUAUUUUAACCUGCUAGAUCACCAUAGUAACGGAUGCUGCACAGCUAGGAUGCUCCAGCGAAGUUUGUGUUCAGAGUUUCGUACUUAACCCUCCUGUUGUCCUGUGGGUCAAAACUCACCCGUUUUAAAGUUUGAAAAUGUGGAAAAAAUACACACAGGGUGUCCCAAAAAAUGUAUACACCUUUUAGCAGCCGAUAACUAACUAACCUCACACCACUGGACUUCUUUUUAUGGGGAUACCUAAAAGACAAAGUCUAUGCAAUGAGACCUGCAACAGUCACUGAAUUGAGAGCAACCAUUGAACGUGAAUGCACGCAAAUACCAAAGGACUUGUUUCAUGAUGUGUGCUGUUCCAUCGCUUGGCGUUGUCGGCAGUGUCUGGACCAGAACGGACAUCAGUUUGAGAACAGGAGGUGACAAAACAAUAGAAUGAUGUUUGUAAAUUCUUUUACAUGUUGAAAAUUAAACAAAUUAUAAUAAAUACCUAGUUUACUUUGAAGUCUA